CUUCUCCCCCAAAGUAUUUCUUUAAUCCCGGCCCUCUUACAGGAAAUGGAGGGUUCAACUUCGCUAAUAUAAGCAAUAUAACCGCCAAAAUUCGAAAUCUCGAGCAGCUCUGCUCCAUAUACUCUCGAUAUUUCUUUCUGUCGAAGAGCAGUCUUGAAGAAUUUAUUUUCCGUUAAUUGGUGGAUCCCAUGGCAGAAGAGGAAGAAAAACCUCAAGUUCAGCCUUGGCAGUCUUUUCACACCGUCUACACUAACGCCAAAGCUGGUAUGGAUGGGGUGGACAGGGAGAAGGUGCAAAAGGUAGUGUAUGAGAUGAGUAAAGGAUCCAAAUAUUUUGAAAAUGAAAAGCGAAGGGAAGCAUAUAUUCAGCAAAGGAUAGAUAACCUAUGUUGUCAGGCAGCUCUUCUCACUUCUUCUGAUAUUGCCAAGUUUGAGAGGGUUGCAGAUAGAAGGGUUUUGGGGCUUGAAGGUGCCAGAGAUCUAUCAAGAACCUGGAUGCAUGUUGAUAUGGAUGCCUUCUAUGCAGCUGUUGAGACAUUAGAAAAUCCUUCAUUGGCAGGCAAACCCAUGGCUGUAGGAAACAUGUCUAUGAUUUGCACAGCUAAUUAUGAGGCUCGAAAAUUUGGUGUCCGUGCUGCAAUGCCUGGAUUCAUUGCACGAAAGCUAUGUCCGGAUUUGGUUUUUGUGCCAACAAAUUUCCAGAAGUAUUCACAUUACAGUGAGCUAACAAGGAAAGUAUUUCAUGAAUAUGAUUCUCGAUUCAUUGCAAGAAGCCUGGAUGAAGCAUAUCUAGAUGUUACUGAUGUGUGUAAGGAGCGCUGCAUGAGUGGAGAAAAAGUUGCAGAAGAGAUAAGAAGUGUCGUUUAUGCUCAAACUGGUCUGACUUGCAGUGCAGGGAUAGCGCCAAAUCGGUUGCUUGCAAAGGUUUGCUCAGAUAUCAAUAAACCUAAUGGACAGUUUGUCCUGCCAAAUGAGCAGCCUGCUAUCAUGACUUUUGUGUCAUCAUUGCCAAUACGAAAGGUGAAUGGCAUUGGAAAGGUGACAGAGCACAUGUUAAAGGAUGCUUUAGGCAUUACGACAUGUGGAGACUUGCUUCAAAAGCGUGCUUCUGUAUUUGCACUAUUUUCACGAUGUUCAGCAGAUUUCUUCCUCUCCGUUGGAUUAGGUUUGGGUGGAGUAGAUUCUCCACAAGAGGAACAUCGGAAGAGUAUAAGCACUGAGCGCACCUUUCGAGCUACUAAUAAUGAAAUUGAGCUUUUUAAGAAACUGGAUGAUAUUGCUGAGACAUUAUCGAGAGACAUGGAGAAGGAAAGUCUCCGUGGCCGUACAUUGACUCUUAAACUGAAGACUGAAGCAUUUGAGGUCCGAACUAGAGCAGUUUCCUUACAAUCAUAUAUUUACUUGAAGCCAGACAUUUUGGUUCAUGCUUCAAAACUCUUGAGAGCUGAGCUUCCUCUUUCCUUGAGAUUGAUGGGUCUACGCAUCUCUCAGUUCAAGGAUGAGAGUCUUGGGCCUUCUGACCCCACACAGAAAACUCUUACCAGCUAUUUGAGUUCAGGAAAUACCAGACAGUUUGGAAGUCAUAAAAAUUAUUCAGAUGCUGAAGGGGAUGCUUUUGACUCUAGAGAUGCAGAUACCAGAUAUUCCAGUGAAGGAUUCAUUGCCAAUGAAAUCCAUGAUCCUGAUGCUAUGGAUAUUUACUCAGCGAAUAGUCUGUUCAGGUAUUAUCACCCACAAGACCAUUUAGAUGAUCCGAGACACAAACCCACUAUACUAAAGGGAGAUACGUCUGGUGAGGAAACUGUGGUUUCGGAAUGCUUAAUCAGUGAAAUCAAGGCUUCGGACAAAGUGGAAAACUACUCUUCUACUAGAUUGGGUUCGAGCCCAAAUUUCAUUCAAGGUGCUCACGAUUGGGAUCUACACUAUGCUAAAGAUGAAGUUCUUCCUGCUGCCCCUGAUCAGUCUGACUGUGAAAGUAUAUAUACUGGCACAAACAAGAAAUCUAAAUGUUCCAGCACCUUGUAUAAUUUGGGGAAAAAUGAACAGAGCAUCCGGAGUUCAAGCUCAACGGUUGGACAUGAUAUAUAUGCUGACAAUGAACAUUUGAAAUGUGACAGUUUAAGUGGCAACAAUGAGAAUCAAGUUAAAGCAGAUCUAUUGUCUGGAUUUUCCGACAUAAUGUUUUGGGUUGAUGAUUUUAAAUGUUCAUUAUGUGGAUCUGAGUUACCUAGCAGUUUUAUUGAGGAGAGGCAGGAACACACUGACUAUCAUCUGGCUCAAAUGCUUCAGGAGGAGGAAUCACCAUUGAUGGCUGCACACCAAGUAAAUAGGCAACAAAACAAAAGGUCUAGAUUGCCUGCUGAUCUGGCAUUGCAUGGAAGCAAACAUUUUGAUAAGAACAGGAAUACCAAGAACAAAACAAAGCAUGUCCCAAUUGAUUCGUUCUUUAACAAAGCUAUGCGUCCAUUUUGAUGGCAUGCUUGCUGCAUUUGUAUAUGAAUGUUUCUAUAGUAAUUUGUUGAAGAGGUCUCCCAUCCUCAAUAAAGCACUGCUACAAAUAUAAUGUGGGAUUGACCAUAUUUGAUUUCUCUCCAAAAUAUUUAACAUGUACAAAAAUAAAAAUGUGUAUUAAAUGUGUAUUUAUUUGUGAUC